AACUAAGCCAAUCGAAGCAACGGGAAAGUUCUAGAACUACUAGCUACAUUCUAUCCGUGUCAACUUUAAUGGACAAACUAAAGAAAGUUUUGAGUGGCCAAGAUGGCAACAAUGAUGACGGCGACAUAUUGCAAGCGGCGAACCAAGCCUCCACCCUGGGCUGGGGCACGCGCAUGAAGGGCUUUAUCGCAUGUUUCGUGCUCGGGGUCUUGUGUUCCAUUCUGGGGACAUGCUUGCUGUGGAUUCCAAGGGUCGGUCUGAUUCUGUUUGCCGUGCUGUACACACUUGGCAAUGUUGCCUCUCUGUGCAGCACUAUGUUCCUGAUGGGACCCCUUAAUCAGCUGAAGAGGAUGUGUGCCAAAGAAAGAGCACUGGCCACAGCUAUCAUGCUGACCUGUCUGGUGCUAACUAUGUGUUCUGCUUUCUGGUGGAAGAAUAAUGGUCUAGCCUUACUCUUCUGUAUUCUACAGUUUCUGGCCUUCGCUUGGUAUGGCCUGUCCUACAUUCCAUUCGCAAGGGAUGCCGUGAUAAAGGCCUUCUCUGUCUGUCUGAAGUGAGGCUGCAAACCUCCCUUUCACUCUCCCUCUGAGGGGUUAUGAUGUGUGUGUGUGUUUGGGGGUUGGCUAAAGCCCUCAACUCUCUGGCAAACACACAGACGCCACACAGGUGUGCUGGAAUGGUGCCCACUGAGUAAACACUCGUCAGCGAAUGCUUUCCAGAGCAGAAGUGUACCUGAGGUAUGAUGUUGUGUAGAGGAAUCUGUUUGUGAGGGAUGCCUUAUCUUAUCUGUGUGUGUGGUGUGGUUUCUGUCCCUUUAAGGUUGGUGUAUAUGUGAAUUGUGUGUGUUUUUCUACACUGUGAGUCCAGCUCCUCUUAAUUUACUGUGGAGGAAGGGUCAAUGCACCACCUCUGUCAUUUCUAUAACUGUAAAUCAAACCAGACCAAAACUAUUCAGAUCUAUAUUUAGGUGCCAACAUGGUGUGUCUUCACUAGUUAGUUGUACUGUAGGUGUUUAUUUACAUGUGUUCACAAUGGACAGCUGACUACUGAUCCUUUCACCGGCUCAGGUCUGGAAAUCUGUACAGUCGGAUGACUUUUUGCACCUAAUCCCAAGUGCACUUACCAGGAGUCUGAAUAUAAGGGCCUGCUGUUAAACGUUCUUCUAGCUGGAUAGAUAUACAGUUGAAGUUGGAAGUUUACAUACACUUAAGUUGGAGUCAUUAAGACUUGUUUUUCAACCUCUCCACAAAUUUUUUGUUAACAAACUAUAGUUUUGGCAAGUCGGUUAGGACAUCUACUUUGUGCGUGACACAAGUCAUUUUUCCAGAAAUUGUUUAUUUCACUUAUAAUUCACUAUGUCACAAUUAAGGUGGGUCAGACGUUUAAAUACACUAUGUUGACUGUACCUUUAAACAGCUUGGAAAAUUCCAGAAAAUUAUGUCAUGGCUUUAGAAGCUUCUGAUAGGCUAAUUGACAUAAUUUGUGUCAAUUGGAGGUGUACCUGUGGAUGUAUUUCAAUGCC